UUGGUGGACAGCUGAUUGUCCGUUUUAUUAACUCUGUUUGUGGGCGUUGCUGCUCGCAUUGUAGACCACGCCUCCUUCACCUACUAUUUUCUCCUGUUUGGCAUCCGAGAGAUGGUCCAAAGUGAUUCCUCAGGGAAGAAAAGAGCGCAAAUUACCCGAGCAGGAGCUGACGAGGAGCGGAGACGCGGUUGCCCAGGACUGCUUUUUAAUUGCGCGUAAUCUUCCGUUUCAUUCAUCUGAACAGAGGAAAAGACUUUGUAAAUAAAGAAACGGAGUGGAAGAGGGUGAAACGUGUUUCUUCUCUUUGGGUUUCUCACUGUGGACUGUCCCCCCCCUCCCCAUCUACUGACAUUUCGCUUGUGUUCUUGUCAGCUGCACCUUGAUCCGGGGGACUGUCGCCAACUCAGUGCAGCCUCUCAUCUUGCGCUUCCCCUUUCAUCGCUUUCAACGUUGCUCAUCUUCAUAGCUGCUGCUUCACCUCUUUUUCUUCCGGAGACGCUGACAUGAGGUGCAGCUAACCCUGGAUUCUGACAACUCCCCUUUUUCCUUCCACGUGUCGCAUCGUUUGUCUACUUUGAGAAACACGCGCUCAACUAAACGCCAAGUGAAAUAGACCAAGCCACUUUGCUCCUCUGACAGCGCGAUCAAACAAGACGCAAGAGGAAGGGAGGCAGGGAAAAAGGAGGGAGCCAAGGAGAGGAGGAUAGAGAGAGCGACAGGAGAGAGAGCGUGAGAGAGAGAGAUAGCGGCGGUGUGAAGGUGCGUUUUGAUGUUUGGCAUCCACGAGAGCAUCCAGAGGAGUGGGAGUAGUAUGAAAGAAGAGCCCAUGGUGGCCGGGAUGAACGCGGUUCGGACAUGGAUGCAGGGCGCCGGAGUGCUGGACGCCAACACAGCCGCCCAGAGCGGCGUGGGUCUCGCUCGGGCUCACUUCGAGAAGCAGCCGCCCUCCAACCUUCGCAAGUCCAACUUCUUCCACUUCGUCCUGGCUUUAUACGACAGACAGGGUCAGCCGGUGGAAAUAGAGAGAACCACCUUCGUUGACUUUGUAGAGAAGGAAAAGGAAACGACGGGGGAAAAGACCAACAAUGGGAUCCAUUAUAGACUUCAGCUCCUCUACAGUAACGGUAUCAGGACUGAGCAGGACUUGUACGUCCGUCUCAUUGACUCCAUGACUAAACAGGCGAUUGUCUACGAGGGCCAGGAUAAAAAUCCAGAGAUGUGUCGGGUCCUGUUGACCCAUGAGAUUAUGUGCAGUCGAUGCUGCGAUAAGAAGAGUUGUGGCAACAGGAAUGAGACCCCAUCAGACCCUGUCAUCAUUGACAGGUUCUUCCUCAAGUUCUUCCUGAAGUGCAACCAGAACUGUUUAAAAAAUGCAGGGAACCCUCGAGACAUGAGACGGUUUCAGGUGGUUGUGUCGACUACAGUGAGUGUGGAGGGUCAUGUCCUGGCCGUCUCUGACAACAUGUUUGUGCACAACAAUUCGAAACACGGGCGCCGAGCUCGACGACUUGACCCAUCGGAAGGAACGCCGUCUUACCUGGAACACGCAACCCCGAGCAUCAAAGCCAUCAGCCCAAGUGAAGGCUGGACCACAGGGGGCGCUACAGUCAUCAUCAUUGGGGACAACUUCUUUGAUGGCCUACAGGUCAUCUUUGGAACCAUGCUGGUCUGGAGUGAGCUGAUCACCCCCCAUGCCAUUCGUGUGCAGACUCCACCCAGACACAUCCCCGGGGUGGUAGAGGUCACGCUGUCCUACAAAUCCAAGCAGUUCUGCAAAGGCACACCUGGACGCUUCAUCUACACAGCACUGAAUGAGCCAACCAUAGACUAUGGCUUCCAGAGGUUACAAAAGGUCAUCCCCAGACACCCCGGAGACCAAGAGAGAUUACCCAAGGAGGUGAUAUUAAAGAGAGCAGCAGACCUAGUAGAGGCCUUGUACGGGAUGCCUCACAAUAACCAGGAGAUGAUUCUGAAACGAGCAGCUGAUAUCGCAGAGGCCCUGUACACAACAGUGCCACGGGGGCACAACCAGCUAGCCAGUCUUGGCAGCAGCUCCGUCCAUGCUGGCAUGAUGGCCGUAAACUCAUUCACUGGUUCAGAGGUGGCACAAACAGCUAAUCAGGGUUUCAGUAGGAGUACAAGCAGUGUGUCCCCUCAUGGUUAUGUCCCCAGCUCCACACCCCAGCAGAGUAGCUACAGCUCUGUCUCCACUAGCAUGAAUGGCUAUGCUAACUCUGGCAUGGCAACCUUGGGCACCUCGCCCAACUUCCUCAAUGGAUCUGCAGGCAACUCGCCCUAUGCUAUUGUUCCAUCAAGCCCCACCAUGGCCUCAUCGACCAGCCUGCCCUCCAACUGCAGCAGCUCUUCCGGCAUCUUCUCCUUCUCUCCAGCCAACAUGGUGUCUGCCGCGGUCAAGCAGAAGAGCGCCUUCGCCCCCGUCGUGCGACCCCAGAACUCCCCUCCGCCUACGUGCACCAGCGCUAAUGCUAACAGCCUGCAAGAUCAGUCUUUUGUGGACUCUAGCAAGUACUCAUCAGCCAGCUCUCUGCAGGGCCUGGCCUUCUCCUGAACAGCUAUUCCCGGGAUGAUCAUUCCACCCAUGUAGAGGAUCUGGGAUAGCUGGAGAUUUGGAAAUGUUAAAAGGAAAAGACACAGUAGUGGAGUCUGGCUAGGUCUCUGUUAUGCUCCGGAGCUGAACUGAAGGAAGUCAAGAUAAGAUGCAAGACUCUGUUAAACUCAGGCCUUUCCACUGGAUCUUCAUCUGAAGGGAUAGGGGACAAGAAAAAAGGGACAAUAUGAACCUUUGUGAUGUUAUUUCCCUCUUGGUUGAAUUAGUGUAGCUUCUCUGACACCACGUUGGAUGGAGUGUGUAGAAACUGAUAGUUUGCCCACAGUGUGACGCCAACCUCAUGAAAAGAGCAUUUAUUUAUCUUUAUGUUUAUGCCUCUAAGGUUUGGGCUUGAUUACCAGAGGCCUAGUGCCCAUUGCAAUCCAUAACUCACACAAACAACAGUGAAGAGUUGGUUUGGCCAUGAAGUUUACGUAACAUCUGUCACAAUAGAGGAUGCUUUCUUCAGCUCAGCCGGCAUAAAACCACUUCACAACACAGUGACCAAAUGGAACGAAGGUCAUCAGCACAAAAAAGAAGAACAAAAAAAAGAAAUACACGAAAUAACACAGUCUACCCCUUUUGUUUUGCUGCUAAUUAUCCCAUUUAAAAUGAAACAUUGUGUAUUAAAGUUGUGCUACGCUAUUUCAACAUCAGAACCAUUUGUUCUCUCACUUUCUCUUUGCUUGGUUUGUUUGUUUGAAUUUUCAUAAAACUGUGAGGACUGAGCUGUUUGCAAUAUGCUUUUCUGCUUGUCAUAUGAAGAAAAGAUGAUGAUUUAGCCACAAUUGCCAUUUUUGUCGGAAAUUUUAGUGAAGACUUUAAAAGCCAGAGGAUGUGUGCGUCCAGCCAGCACUGUACUGACGGAGUCUAACAAAUAUUAAAUAAGAAUAAAUGUGUGAUAUAUGUGAUCUAUUUUUGCAUAUUAAAAAAGUUGAAUUUUUCAUUUGACAUUUCUUUUUGCAAUAGCUAUAGUUUAAAAUGUAAACAUUAAAUGUCUUAAGGCAGCUUCUCAGUACAGAAGAUAGUUACUGUGUGUUGUCAAUAACUCAUCUGAUAAACGUGAGAAAUGUGGAUUUGGAUACAAAAGGAGGAUUGUAUGUAAAAUAUCCUAUAAAUAAUGUAUUUAUCCCUUGCAUUUGUACAUUGCCUUUCACUUUUGUUUAGUUGUGUUGUGUAAUACAAAAAGUGAACAUAUUUCACUGUGUUUUGUUGCAUUAUUUACUGUUGUCUCACUAUUUAAAUGUGACUUUUUAAAAUUCUUUUGUUUUGUAUG